GCUGGAAAAUGGGCGAAUGGCCACCACUAUCUUGCCCAGCCAAGAACAUGUUGUAUUUUCUCUCUCUUAUUCUAAGCCUGUUUAUUUAGUAAACAACAUUGGGGUGUUUUGUAAAUCGUUAAACGAUGUAUUAUUAAAUGAUUACUCAGGAAAAUGUCGGCGAAAAUAUGUAGGUUCUGUCUUCGCGAGACAGAUACUGAGAUAAACAUUUACAAAAACAAUUUCUCCGUUGUCGUCGAGUUGUUAACCUCUCUGAAAAUAAGAGCCAACGAUCACUUGCCGGAAAUUUCGUGUACAAAAUGCGCCCAAGAUAUAAGAUUCGCGUUUCUUAUACGAAAAAAAAUUAUCAAUUCCCAGAAGGUUCUAAAGGCGAAAUUAGCGAAAGAUACCAAGAUAGGGCCCGCCGUGCAGGUUAAAAUAGAGCCCGAGUUGGUAUUAGUGGACACGAAAGCUAGUGUAAGUUUAGAUUCUGCACCCAACGAGGAAAAUAAGGACCCAAUACUACUGAAAAAUAAAAACGAGUUUAUGAAAUGUCUUCAGCCUUUGGUGAACACGCACAAAGUCCCCAAUGUGGACGACGUGGACAAAAUAAAGGGACAGUUGAAUGAAGUGUACAUUUGUAAAGUUAAUGGACUGAAUAAAAAGGUAUUAAAACCCGAAGGCAGCAAUAACUUGCAGAAACGCAAUGUCUCGGUAGCAAAAAUGCAACCAGAAAUUUGUGAUAAAACUGUGCCGGAUUGCUCUCUUAAACCCAGCAAUAACCAGGGCAAAACUAAAGAUUUGAAAUGUGAAGAGUGCAAUUUGGUAUUCAAGAACAGGCCCUAUUACAGAUUGCAUUUGGCCAAACACAACAAAAAAACGUGCGAAUUGUGCGGGAAGAGUCUCCGCGCGGACAACAUGUACAAACACAUGAUGAUACACUCCAGCGACCCGGCCACUUGCAACGUGUGCGGCGCGAUGUGCAAAAAUUUUGAAAGCUUGAGGGGUCACAUGUUUUACUGCCAUAAGAAAAGCGAUACGGAAUAUGUUUGCGAGCAGUGUGGCAAAUCGUUUCGGAGGAGGUCCAACUUUUUGCUGCAUCGGAAGAAGUCGCACGGCGGCGAGAGGAACUUCAAGUGUACCGAAUGUGGAAAAGCGUUUUUUCAAAAGAUGUUCCUCCAAAACCACAUCAGGUCGAUCCACGAGAAACGACGCCCUCACGUGUGCGAAUACUGCGGCAAGGGGUUCGCCAGCCGUCACGGUUUAAGGACCCACGUCCGCCAGCACACCAACGAGGCGCCCUUCAUCUGCACGAUAUGCGACUCCGGGUUCAGGCAGAAAGUGACGCUAAAGUGUCACCUGAAAUCGAAGCAUGGCAUAGAGGAGGAGUGCAAAGUUUUCUGCGAGACCUGCGGCAGAGGUUUCGCUACGGAACUCGCGUUGGGAGUCCACGUGAGGCUCCACCAGUUGAUCAAGUGUCCCAACUGUUCGGAGAAUUUCGCGGAGCAGUCGUUUCUCGAUAACCACGCGAAAGAGGUGCACGGUGUGGGCGUGGAGGAAGACGACCAGACUAGCAAUGGAAACGAUAAGAAGGAAUAAUUUUUAGAGUUCAUUUAAUGUCUGCCCCGUUAAAUACGAAACUAUGCUUGGACAUCUUGUUUAUUAUUGGAAUCGUAAUCUGCUGGCAACUGUUAAAAUUAUUCGGAACAAUUAUGUUUGCGGAGGUAAUUGCAAAGAGCUCAAAAUUAGAGGACGAACUUCUAAUCAAUUUUAUGGACCUUGCCAUUUAUCUCGCAAAGCAAUGGUAAUAUUUUACCUAUUGUAAGAGACUUCUGUGAUCAUUUUUUGAAUUUUGUUUUUAAUGACUUUGUGGUGUCGAUGGUGAUCGAGCCGAAGGGCGUUCUUUGGACAAAUAAAUUUAUAUUAAAAUAUCAAACCUUCAUAAUCGGUAUCCUGUAUCAGCUUGUGCAAUAUUUAUUAUAUCAUAGAUUAAAUCACCGUUUAACAAGAGAUUUUUUAUUUUAUGCUGAGAAUUAAUGUUGGUUGGUCUACUAACCUGC